AUGCCCUCCCUGCUGCUCUCCCUGCUGCUGCUCUGCCUCUGCCCCACGGCCCACUCUGCCAGGUGUCCCAAGCCCUGUGUGUGCGACCAGAUCCGCCUCACCGUGGCCUGUGCCAACAAGAAUCUCACCCAGGUCCCGCCCGCCAUAGACGAGAUCACAGUGAAGUUGGAUCUCCGUAGCAACGACAUCCAGGAGCUGCCCACCGGGGCCUUCAAACACACCCCGUACCUCACCCACCUGUCCCUGCAGCGGAGCAACGUCCGCAGGGUUCGGGAGGGGGCUUUCCGGGGCCUGGGACGCCUGGUCUUUCUCAACCUGGCAAAUAACAACAUCGACAUCCUCUAUCAGGAGUCCUUUGAUGGACUGUCCUCCCUGAAGCAGCUCAUGUUGGAUCGGAACCGCAUCGAGGAGAUCCAGCCCGGGGCCUUCUCUCAGCUGGGCCUCCUCAACCUGCUCUCCCUCACCCACAACCAGCUGGUGUACCUGCCCAACAUGGUCUUCCAGGGUCUGCAGAACAUCAAGCUGCUGCGUCUCAGCCACAACGCCCUCAACUACCUGGACACAGAGGCCUUUGCCGGUCUCUUCAGCCUCACACGCCUCAGUCUGGACCACAACGAGCUGCAGUUCUUCCCCACUGACACCAUGACGCGACUUUCGGAGGUGACCCGGCUGGAGCUGAGCCAUAACCCCAUGACGUACCUGGGGGAGGAGAGCGUGUCCAUGGCCAAGCUGACCCACCUGUUCCUGGACCACAUGUCUCUGCAGGACAUGUCCCACAGCGCCGUCUCCAAGUGCCCCAGCCUCGUGCACCUGGACCUGAGCCACAACCAGCUCAGGGUCCUCCAGCCCCUCUCCCCCGGGACGCCCAGCCUGGCCCGGGUCAGCCUGGCAGGGAACCCCAUCUACUGCAACUGCUACCUGCGCUCCUUACGGGAGUGGGCCGUGGGGAGGAAGGUGCGGCUGCUGGGGUCCUGCGGGGGUCCGGCUCAUCUCUCUGGGGAGCCCCUGGACAACAUGACCCCCUCCGAGCUGCGCUGCCAGAGCCACGACGCCAUGUUGAAGGCCGAGUACGAGGAGGCCACGAGGAACACACCGCCCCCCGCCCCCCCGACGGACACACACAUCAAGUGUCCAGACAACUGUGUGUGUCAGGCGGAGACGCAGCACUCCACGUGUGAGAACCGAGGCCUGUCCAAGAUCCCCCGAGGCUUCGACCCUGGCUCCCGGCUCCUGGACCUCAGAGGGAACAACUUCCACUACGUCCCGAGCGGCAGUUUCCCGGGCGUGUCCCAGGCCGUGUCCUUGCACCUGCAGCGCUGUCACAUCGUGGACGUGGAGGACGGGGCCUUCAGCGGCAUGAGGGGCCUGGUCUACCUGUACCUGUCCCAGAACCAGCUCUCCUCCCUCAGUCCGGACGCGUUCAAAGGUUUGCCUCAGCUGACGUACCUCCACCUGGAGCAGAACCGCUUCAGCCUGGUCCCUGCAGGGGCCUUCAGGCUCCUGCCCGGGCUCCUGGCGCUUCACCUGGAGAACAACAGCAUCAGUGCUCUGGGGGCCGGGGCCCUCAGCGGAGCAGACAGCCUCAGAUCGCUGUACCUGAGCGGGAACAGUAUCCAGCACGUGGCCCCUGGAGCCCUGGAGCCCACCCCAGACCUGGACACUCUUCACCUCGGGGCCAACCAGCUGAAGGAGGUGCCCACAGACGCGCUGAGCGCAGUGGGGGGCCUCCGGGAGCUGCGCCUCACAGGGAACCCCAUCCUGUGGGUGGGGCCCCAGGCCUUCAGACCAGUGCAGAGGACUCUGAAGGAGCUUUACCUGAACAACAUGGGGCUGGAGAGGAUGUCCCCUGACUCUCUCUCAGGCCUGGCCCCGGGUCUGAGGAGCCUGUUCCUGGAGGGGAACCUCCUGGAGGAGGUGCCAGACUUCCGGAGCUUUAGGUCCCUGGAGGUCAUUAACCUGGCGGAGAACCCCCUGAUGUGUGACUGCCCCCUGCUGGCGCUGCGCAUGUGGAUUGAGAAGGUGAACCUGAGAGUGAGAGCCACCUGUGCUAACCCGCCCGAGGUGAGGGGCCGCUGGGUGAAGGACGUCCACACCUUCCACUCCUGUCCCGGGGGAGAGAGCCUUCCCCCUGCCCCCCCCACCACCACCCAGUCCCCCCGCCCGCCUAAAGCCACCAAGCCCAAGCCCACACACCUCAACCGAAAGAGGCAGGCCAAGAUGCCCCCAACCAAGACCAGGACCAAGACUAAGACCAGGACCGGCCCCAGAGACGUGAAGAAGGCGGUCUGA